AUGGGCCGUGCCGAAGCAGGGACACCCAAGGCGAUUAGCAAUGCAAUGAAGGCGCGUGGACUCACGCGACUACGAUGGUACUGCCAGAUCUGCUCAAAGGCAUGCCGUGAUGCGAAUGGAUACAAGUGCCACAUUGAGUCGGAAGCACAUAUGCGGCAGCUUACAGCCGCUAUGGGCGAGGGUGGUCAGCGAGCAGGCAAAGUGGUGCAUGACUAUAGCUCGCAGUUUCAGCACGAGUUUGUUGCAUUGCUUCGACAAAGGUUUGGCACGCGUCGUGUAUUGGCGAAUCAAGUGUACCAAGAAUACAUCCAGGACCGGCACCAUGUGCACAUGAAUGCCACGCGGUGGGUAUCACUAUCUGAAUUUGUCAAGUUCCUCGGACGUGCCGGCAUUGCCAAGGUCGAGGGCAGCGAGCUUGGCUGGUUCAUUUCGUGGGUUGAUAAUUCGUCCUCUGCACGUGCACGACAAGAUGCGAUCAAGAAAAUGGAUCGGGCCAAGAUGGACGAUGAACAGCGCUCGCGUCGCGAGCUUGACGAGCAGAUCCGACGCGCUCAGGAGCAGUGUGCCGCACCCCAGGCACCGGCGCCUACGCCUCUGCCCAGUAAUAAUGCGACCAGCGGUCUACCUCAAAGCAAUAAUGGUGGGCCCGUGAAGUUGUCUCUUUCACUAUCUAAGCCGGUGUCUACAUCCACUACCACAACACAUACCCCAGCACCAUCAGAGUCGGCACCAGCCGCUCCCUCUGUUUUUUCCAAGCGCGUUAAUCCCCUCAAGGCUGCAUCCAAAGAGAAUGCUGCUUUGUCAGCGAUCACGCCAACACAAAAUAAGCGUCCACCUCCUGCCCACAUGGGUGCUGCUGAGCGCAUAAAAAUGGAGGAACAGUCACGCAAGCGGACGACAGGUCCUACAAUGCAGCCAGGCAUCAAGCGGACGCGUUUUUAA